AUGAUAACAUCGCUGAAUGAAGCAAACGUCCUUUCAAAAUUGGAUCCUUUACGACUUCAUCAGUGGCGCUGCGGCCCAUCCCGUCCCGCGGAUCCGCUCCCCGCUACCAACAUCCGGCAACUGGAGAGCGCGGCCGGAACACCGCAUCUCCAGCCGCGAUUAGUUAUUCUCAUGUCUCCUGAUAGUAGUUCUAUUAGAGUACAAGAUUGGCUCUAUGAUCAGGGACCGUGCCCUGGACUCUGUUGCUCGGAACGCUGCCGGAUGUCCCGUCGUCUCGUUCUGAGUUACAUAGUGGCUUCCUCAUGUCUCUGGGACUGA